CGAGCGUCGGACACCUUCAAGCACAACAAAGCAUGUGUCGCUCCUCAACAUUGUGUCUCGUGUAAACGCGCGGAAUAUAGCGUUUUGUCCGUCUUUGCGCGCUUCGUUUCCUCCUUGAUGCUGAUCCUAGAUGGUGACCAUGACAACAGAGGCAACUGCUGUGACUGAAGCAGACACCGAGGGCAAGCAGAAGACCAGUGGUGCUGAGCCCGAGCCCGAACCCGAACCAGAGAACAAGCAGAAGACAGAGGCGGCAGCAGCAUCUGAGCCAGAGGGGGAGCAGUCGAGCAAAAAGGCCCAGGAGCAGGGGACUGAGCCUGGGCCUUCCGAUGCAGCGACCUCCCCUGAGGAGGAUCAGCUAAAGCCUCGUACCAGGACUUCUGCCGGUAAAGGCCUUUCUCGUCUCUUCUCCUCUUUCCUCAAACGCCGCUCACAGUGCUCCGAGGAAGAGGUGUUUGAGGCAGAAAAAGCCAAAGACGAAAAGGCGGACAAAGAGGAAAAAGCAGAUAAGAAAGAAGAGGAGAAGGUGGAAGAGGGAAAAAGUGAAGAGAAGGAGGCUAAAGCAGAGGAGGAAAAACCAGAGGUGAAAGAAGUGAAAAAGAAAGAAGACAAAGUAGAACCAAAGGAAGAGAAAAAGAAAGUGGAAGAAAAAGUAGAGAAGAAGGGCAGUAAAAAGAAAAAGAAGGAUGCCAAGAAGAAAGUAGAAGAAAAGGAUGAAGGAAAAGUGAAAAAGGAGGAGACAGCAAAGGAAGAGGAAAACCAGCCCAAGAGGAACACAAGGAAGAGGCUGUGA